UUCCGGAGCGCCCCGUUUGGAGGCAGAAGAAUCGGAGGGGAGGGGGAGGCGCGAUGCAAGGAGGUUCACUCUGACCCGGCUGCGCAGGAGGAGAGAGGCGGAGGGUGGGGGGCGUCUGUCUGUGUUAUAAUACCCCCCUCCCCCCCCCCGCUCUGCAAAGCCGGCGAGCAUCAGCCAGCCAGAGAGACCCGCCGGGGCUGCCUUCCUUCCCCGCUCGGGCUGGCGGUGCAAUUGCUGAGUGUUGGAUUUGCGGAGUCCCCUCCCCCUUCUCUCCCCCCCCCCCUCCGCCUCCCGGUGCUCGUGUGAAACCAGCAACGCGAGGGGAGGGAAGCUGGAGGCAGAGCGAGGGAGCCGGAGGACGAGACGAUGAGUUCUUUUUCCUGGUGUCGUGUGGAGCCAGUCUCAAGUUAAAAAUCUGAUAAGGUUUGUGGUACGGAUAAAAUCAAGGAAGAAAGAACAGUGUAUACCAUGCUGGAAGAAGGAUGGAAUGAAAAUAUAAUAAAUAAAUACUUUCAUCAAGCUGGAAAUUCCCUGGGCUUCAUAUCAAGGAGGAGCCUUUGGCUUUAAACGGAACUACAAGCAGAGGCCCAUACAAAACGCUGACUCAGUUUGAAGCUGGUCUGCUUUCCCUUUAAGGUUUAAUGUGUGUGAUGUCACAGCAUCUCUAACACUGAGAAUCUCUUUACCUAAUAGUUAACAGGCCCAAGAAUUUCAGACCAGUUAUGGAGGACUAUGAUAUCAGGUCCGCUGCCAGCAUUUUAGCCUCGGUUAAGGAGCAAGAGGCUCGCUUUGAGCGGCUCACCCGGGCCCUUGAAGAGGAACGGCGCAAUGUCUCCCUGCAGCUCGAGCGCGCCAAUCAGCCGUCUGACCGAGUGAGCGCGUGCAACAUUGGCAAUGGCCAGCCCCUGGCGACCGCCUGGCAGCAGCUGGUCCUGCAGGAGCAAAGCCCCAGCAACCAGACUUCCAUAGCGAUGAUGCAGGAGCCUCAAGAAACUGUUGAAGAGACUGUGACGGUAGAGGAAGACCCGGGCACCCCAACAUCUCAUGUUUCUAUUGUGACCUCAGAAGAUGGAACCACAAGAAGAACUGAAACCAAGGUUACAAAAAUGGUGAAAACUGUCACCACUAGAACAGUGCGCCAAGUCCCCCUUGGUCCUGAUGGCCUCCCUGUGGUGGAUGGCUCAUCUCCCAUGGGUAGUUACACUGACUCGAUAGACAGAAGACAAAUGAAGAAUGGGGAACGUUAUGUAACACCACAAGCAUCUUCCACCUUGACCCGGUCUUACAAUAGCUACAAUGAUACCUACCCUGAUGGCCACGAUGGCCAAUAUCGUCCUUUCAUGGGCCAUGAUGGUUAUGGAGAUCUUCCUGACAACUACGGCAGUUUGUCCCGUGGCGUCAGUUACCGUCCACGUUACGCCUACGUCCCUGGGAACAGUUACCGGCCAGAGGAUGGCAGUUUCACUUUGCCAAACAGAAGGGAUAACUACGGCCCACUCUCUCAACCACAAGUGCCAACAGGCAGCAACAUGGACUUAAACCGCUCCCAGCCGGAACGAUUCCAGCCGGAGCCGUAUGGGCUUGAGGAUGAUAACCGCAGCCUCGGGGUGGACGAUGAGGGGUACGAACUGGACCCAGAGUACUCGACAGUGAACCGAAGGACGUCUGCUGGGAUGCCUGAGAGAGGAAGGCCUCUCAAGGGAAGGGGCUAUGAUGAUCCAAUUGAGUCUGAGAUUGUCGAUGAGAGGAUCCCAUACCUGCAUGGUAGCUAUGCGGCACCACUGGCACAGCCAGAGAGGGGGAGCAUGGCCAGCAUUGACCGCCUGGGCAAGCGCUCUCCUUCCAUCGACAGCAUCCGCAAAGAUCCCAGGUGGCGGGACCCCGACCUCCCCGAAGUAAUCGCUAUGCUUAGUCACCCCAUCGACCCUGUCAAGUCCAACGCUGCCGCGUACCUUCAGCAUCUGUGCUACGAGAACGAUAAAAUUAAGAAGGACGUGAGGCAUCUCAAAGGGAUUCCAAUCCUAGUUGGCCUGCUAGACCAUCCAAAGCCAGAGGUGCACCGCAAAGCUUGCGGGGCUCUCCGAAACAUCUCCUAUGGAAAGGAUAACGAGAACAAGGUGGCAAUAAAGAACUGUGAUGGGAUCCCAGCUUUAAUCAGGUUACUGCGGAAGACAAAUGACAUGGAAGUGCGGGAGCUCAUUACAGGUACCCUUUGGAACCUGUCAUCCUAUGAGCCCCUCAAAAUGGUAAUCAUUAACCACGGUCUUCAGACACUGACCAAUGAAGUGAUCAUCCCCCAUUCUGGUUGGGAGAGCGAGCCAAAUGAAGACUCAAAGCCUCGCGAUGCCGAGUGGACCACUGUCUUCAAGAACACGUCAGGAUGCUUGAGGAACGUAAGUUCAGACGGAGCCGAAGCUCGCAGGCGGCUGCGGGAGUGCGACGGCUUAGUGGAUGCCCUCCUCCAUGCUCUGCAGUCUGCAGUAGGCAAGAAAGACACGGAUAACAAGUCGGUGGAGAACUGUGUGUGCAUCAUGCGGAACCUCUCCUACCAUGUCCACAAAGAAGUUCCAGGAGCGGACAAGUUUCAAGAUCUAGAAGCAAACCAACUGGGAAGUUUGGGAGGCACUCAGAAAAAGAAAAAAGACGACGCUGGCUGCUUUGGAGGGAAGAAGACAAAAGAGGAGUGGUUCAAUCAAGGAAAGAAGAAUGGCGACGUGGAUAGGAACUUCGACACACUGGACUUGCCGAAGAGGUCCGAAUCAGCAAAAGGAAAAGCGAAGGGGGAGGAAAAGUCGCGCUUUACCAGGUUUCGAAAACCGUGGUGCUUCUCUGACAUGAGGCGCAGUGAGUUUGGAAGAGGCCAAAAUGAAUGCGUAAUGGAAAAUCUAACCCGGAGGGAAUGUAAACUCACUGCAAGGCAGAGCACAGGGUUCCAGUUGCUCUACCAGCCAGAGGUGGUGAGGCUUUACCUCUCAAUCCUCACAGAAAGUCAAAAUUUCAAUACUCUCGAAGCAGCCGCGGGGGCUUUGCAGAACCUCAGCGCUGGAAACUGGACAUGGUCCACGUAUAUCCGGGCAACGGUACGGAAAGAGAGGGGCCUGCCUGUCCUUGUGGAGCUCCUCCAGUCAGAUUCGGACAAAGUGGUGAGGGCAGUGUCCAUCGCUCUGCGGAAUCUGUCCAUGGAUCGUCGCAAUAAAGACCUCAUAGGUAGUUACGCCAUGGGGGAGCUGGUCCGAAAUUUGCCUAGCAGGCAGCAAAGGUCAUCUAAAAACCUGGAGGAAGACACAGUGGUGGCUGUUCUCAAUACCAUCCAUGAAAUCAUCACUGACAGUUCCGAAAAUGCCAGGUCCCUGAUCCAGACGCAAGGCAUUCAGAAGCUGGUCGCCAUCAGCAAAUCAAGCCAAUCUUCCCGAGAAACCAAGGCAGCCUCUCACGUUCUUCAGAUGACCUGGAGCUACAAAGAGUUACGGGGUGUUUUGCAGAAGGACGGCUGGACCAAAUCCCAUUUCCAGUCGGCAUCUGCUACUCCGAAGGGAUCCAAAGGCACCUCCUGCAGGUCUGGCUACGAUGACAGCACUCUGCCUCUCGUGGAUAAAAGCCAAGAUAACGAGAAAUCUGGAAGUUGUGACAUGAUUCCUAUGGAUGAACUAGGUCCAGAUGGCUACUCCACCAUUGAUCACCGGGAAAAAGAGCGGAAGUACAAAGCCAAUGACCAUAUGGGAGAUGCAUCAGAGAAAGAACCUUUAAAAAAUGACACAAAUAGGAAAACCCUUAACAGGAGUAACAGGGCUUCGGUGACUCUGGUGGAUGCCCGUGACCCUAAACCCCAGCCUGUUGACUCCUGGGUCUAAUUUGCAUGCAUGGGCUAAAGUCCAGCCGCUUGUUUUAUAAUUAUUAUUUCCUCAACUAAAAGAAGAAAUCAACACACAGGAUCUCAUUACUCAUCACUGCCAUUCGGAUUCAGAGGGCCUUGCAUUUGUUUUUUGCAUCGGUGGAACCAAACAGGCUGCGGAUUCCGUGGGGUGCGUGGGGGGCCGGGUGGUCUCCAUCAGGCAGGCCUUGAGCAACCUGCCUUACAAGCCGGGCUGUUACAUUCCUGGCUGACAGCCCCUUCCCACCGGAGAAGGCAGAAUCAAAAUCCAUGCUUACGUCUAACAGAUUAGGUUCUUAGCUGACUCUUCUAAGUGGAUGGUGCCAAGUACGAAAUGAAGGUCACGAGAUGGGGAAGGAAAUCAAAAGGCGAGCGAAGGAGAAACUGCAAAAACAUUCAAAAGUAUAUCCUCGGUAGUCAUGAGAAAUAGCACUUUUUUCUUCCUUUUCUUAUUUUUGAACUGUGAAUUUUUUUUUAAAAAAAAAUAGCAAUUCCGAUUAUUUUUUGUGCCCUAAUCAUUGAGGUUUUAUUCUUUGGGAAGAGUGGAAGUGUUGAGUUGUUUGUUGGGAUUUGUUGAAAGAAGAAAGGGGGGGAAAAUCUUGGUUGAAUGGCUCGGAAUGUGGUAGUCGAAACUGACGGGAGCAAUAUAACACUGUGCUCUCUCUACCGUCACUGCAACCUGGUGUACAAUUCUUCUGCCUUUUUGACUUCUGUAAUGGCUCUUGUUUUUUGUACUUCCAAACAUAUAAAUGGUUCAUCCAUGGUUUUUUUGCUGUCCUCAUUCAGAAACCUCAGACAAGUCUGGAGCAGAUUGACUUUUCCUUGAUUCUGACAUUCAUGAUGUGUUAGAAAGAGGGGGAGUCCUUCCCUCCCUUCUUAAUUUUCAGCAUGUCAGUGUUCAGUCCAUGGCAACUGAACUUCCAGUGCCUUGGGGCAGGUUCUGUUUGCCAUAACAUUUGAACAACGUGGAAGUGUCCUUGUUUUAAGGGGAUGUGAUUGGAAUGCAACUGCACGCUUCAGAUUUUAUUUUUGAUGUUCAAAUAAUCACCCACUGCUGGACUGCUUCUAUGGUUUUGACUAGAAUAUUAACAAAAUGUGUUUCAAAGGGAAUUGUAACAUGUUUUUUUUCUUCAAGUCACAGGUGUGGAUUCUUUAGUCUGUAAUUCACAAUUGAGAAAUGACGAUUUCCCACUUAUGAGCAAAAUCUUCUCCAGAGUUUCUUUGUCACAUGAGUCUUGGUAGAAGACUUUGGCCAUUGGUGGAUUUAACCAUAUCCCUUUUCUUCCCUCUAUACAGUAUACAGUGAUUCUUUGUGCUUUAACCACGUUAAUUUAGGAUUUGGUCUGGUAUAGACAAGAAAUGACAGGAGGGUUCUGAUUUUUUUUGUAAAAAAAACUCAUUCACAACAUUUGCCAACUCUUUCUCUUGCCCUCUGUUUCUCUUCCACUAAAAUUGGUUGGUUGCCACAUUCACUUAUGAUGUGACUGGAAAGCACAUGUUUUUGAAUCCAGUAAAUUUAAUUUUGGAUAAUUUUUUUUUUUUUUAGUGCCUGCUGUUUCCUUUAUAAUUUAAAAUGAUAAGGGCGGGGAGGUGGGGAGAUAAAAAUGAAACAAAAAAAUUUACUGUAUUAGUUAAACAUCUAACUUUUUUGUAAAAAAAUUUAAAAAUCCUUUUUAAAAAAAGUAAGCAUCAAGAGCUUUGUAUCUUCUGGAGUAUAAAGAAAAUAAAAUUUGACAUGAAUUACAUAUAUAAAUAUAUACCUAUAUCUAUAUAUUGUUGUGCAGAAAAUAGGUUGCCAAAACUAUGUAAGUAAAGUUUGUGGCUGGA